UUGUUCAUUCUCGUGGAGGAAAAAAAAAAAAAGGAUUUUUGAAGUGUUUGUGGAGGGCUCUAGGGGUUAAAAAAAAAAGUUCACGAUUUGAAAAUUUUGGAUCUUAGAUCUUUCUUCUUGCUACGAAACCCUAAUUUGAUGCAUUGUAUCAGCUCAAUUUGAUCUUAAAAAAAAAAAGAGUCUUUUUUUGUUUGUUUGUUUGUUUGGGUUCUUCUUUGUUUCUUUAAUUCGAACUCUCCUCAUUUUAAGGAUUGUUUUUGCUUUUUGUUUUCUUCUGGUGAGAACGGUGAUGAGAGUUUUGGGUUGAUCGCAUUUUUUUUGGGUUGUUGUUCUAAUUCUGAUCGACGACUCGGAUCUGGGGUGGGUCGUGUUUUCGUGACCGAGUCAGGGUCUGGUCUGGUGAGGUCGUCGGAUGAAAGUUUCUGGGAUCGAAAAGGACAACGAUGAAAUGGGCAACAUUGCUUAAGGACAUCAAGUCGAAGGUUGGAUUAGCUCAAUCCUCUGACACCGACCCCUUCGCCGUUGACCUAACUACUCCGCCGUCUUCUUCCUCUCCUCCUUCUUCCACUUACAACCCCUCCUCCUCUUCUCAAUAUGUCUUCAACUCUUCUCCUUCGAGGGAUAACCAUGAGUUGGAACUGGACUUCAAGAGAUUAUGGGAAGAGUUCCGUUCAUCAAGCUCUGAAAAGGAGAAGGAGGCCUCCUUGAAUCUGACCGUGGAUACAUUUUGUAGAUUAGUGAAGCGGCACGCAAAUGUAGAUCAGUUAGUUACUAUGUUAGUAGAAACACAUAUAUUCUCUUUUGUCAUUGGGAGAGCAUUUGUGACAGAUAUUGAAAAGUUGAAGAUCGGUAGCAAGACAAGGUCACUGGAUGUAGAGAAAGUAUUAAAGUUCUUUUCAGAUGUCACCAAGGAGGGAUUUAGUCCUGGUGCAAACCUCUUAACAGCUGUUGAAGUACUUGUAUCUGGGCCUAUCGACAAACAAUCACUACUGGAUUCUGGGAUAUUCUCUUGUCUAAUACACGUUCUCAGUGCACUUCUAGCAUAUGAUGAAUUAGGUAAAAGUAAAAUAACUGCUGAUUUGGAAGAGGUAUCAGCGGAAAAAGAUGCUGGAUACAGAGUUCUACAUACUAGACGACUUGAGGUGGAGGGUAGUGUUGUCCAUAUCAUGAAAGCAUUAGCAAGCAAUCCUUCUGCUGCUCAAAGUUUGAUCGAAGAUGACUCUCUUGAGUCGCUUUUCAAUAUGGUUGCCAAUGGCUCCGUUACAGUUUUCUCUCAAUAUAAAGAAGGUCUAGUUCCCCUCCACAACAUACAGCUUCACAGACAUGCAAUGCAGAUCCUUGGACUUCUACUUGUCAAUGACAAUGGCAGCACAGCAAGAUACAUACGCAAGCACCAUCUGAUUAAGGUGCUCUUGAUGGCUGUCAAAGAUUUUGAUCCAAAUUGUGGUGACUCUGCCUACACUAUGGGCAUUGUGGAUUUGUUACUUGAAUGUGUGGAACUAUCGUACAGACCUGAGGCUGGUGGUGUUAGGCUGAGGGAGGACAUACGUAAUGCACACGGUUACCACUUUCUUGUUCAGUUUGCCCUGAUUCUAUCUUCCUUGCCAAAAAAUCCGAUUUUGGUGUCUAGUCGUUCAUCUAUGAAUCAAGAUAGUGGUUCAGAUGGCUCUGAAGUGGUUCCUGAUGGAGAAAAUACGAGCAGUAGGGAAAAUGCUGAUAUUUCUUCACAAAACUUUGCUCCAUCGUUGUCAAGAUUGCUUGAUGUUCUAGUCACCCUGGCUCAGACUGGUCCAGCUGAGCCAUCUGUAGGGAGGGCCUCACGGUCAUCCCAAACAAAGCCAACUGGGCAUAACAGAAGUCGAACUUCAUCUGUUGACAGCAUAUAUGACGAGACAUGGGAACAGGGAAGUGGUAAAGUUAAAGACCUGGAAGCUGUCCAAAUGCUGCAAGAUAUCUUCCUGAAGGCAGAGAAUAAGGAUCUUCAGGCAGAAGUAUUGAAUAGAAUGUUUAAGAUAUUCUCGAGCCACGUGGAAAACUACAGAUUGUGUCAGGAAUUAAGAACCGUUCCGUUACUUGUCCUCAACAUGGCUGGUUUUCCUUCCUCGCUGCAAGAUAUAAUACUCAAAAUUCUGGAAUAUGCUGUCACAGUUGUGAAUUGUGUUCCAGAGCAAGAAUUGUUGUCACUUUGUUGCUUAUUGCAACAGCCAAUUACAUCUCAGUUGAAGCACACCAUACUUUCUUUCUUUGUGAAGCUCAUAUCUUUUGAUCAACAAUAUAAGAAAGUCCUACGUGAAGUUGGUGUUUUGGAAGUCUUACAGGAUGAUUUAAAGCAGCACAAGCUUCUUAUGGGUCCAGAACAGUAUAGUGGAGUGCCUAAUCAUUCUGAUUGGAAGCCUAGCUCAGGUAGCUUCAAAAUGCACUUAGAUACUAAAGAUGCCAUUAUUUCAUCACCAAAGUUGAUGGAAUCUGGGUCAGGAAAGUUACCUGUAUUUGAAGUUGACAACACUAUUACUGUUGGUUGGGAUUGUAUGAUCGCUUUGUUAAAGAAAGCUGAGGCUAAUCAGGCAUCUUUUCGUGCGGCCAAUGGUGUGGCGAUUAUUCUUCCUUUCUUGAUAUCUGAUGCCCAUCGAACAGGCGUUUUGAGGAUCUUAUCAUGUCUAAUCACAGAAGACUCUAAACAGGUCCAUCAUGACGAAUUAGGAGCUGUUGUCGAUUUGUUGAAAAGUGGAAUGGUCACUGGUAUUUCUGGCCAUCAAUACAAGCUUCAUGAUGAUGCCAAAUGUGAUACAAUGGGUGCUCUAUGGCGUAUUGUUGGUGUCAAUGGCUCUGCCCAAAGAGUCUUCGGCGAAGCCACUGGUUUCUCUCUUUUAUUGACGACCCUUCAUACUUUUCGAGGAAAAAGAGAGCACAUGGAUGAGUCUGAUUUGACGGUUUACAUCAAAUUGUUUAAAUAUCUAUUUCGCCUUAUGACAGCUGCAGUCUGUGAGAACGCUGUUAAUAGGAUGAAACUGCACGCUGUUAUAACGUCUCAGACAUUUUAUGAACUUUUGGUGGAGUCUGGAUUGCUGUGUGUUGAGUUGGAAAGGCAGGUUAUACAGCUAUUGUUAGAACUUGCACUUGAAGUGGUUCUUCCACCAUUUUUAGCAUCAGAGUCAACAGCCCUUGCUACUAUACCGGAGAGCGAAAAAGCAACGUUUAUUGUAUCAACCCCAUCGGGCCAGUUCAAUCCUGAAAAGGAGAGAAUUUACAAUCCAGGUGCUGUCAGAGUUCUAAUCCGUUCAUUGUUGCUUUUUAGUCCAAAAAUGCAGCUAGAACUUUUGAAACUUCUGGAAAGUCUUGCACGUGCCAGUCCAUUCAAUCAGGAAAACCUCACAUCAAUUGGUUGCGUGGAACUUUUGUUGGAGAUCAUUUACCCCUUUCUUGCCGGUUCAUCUCCAUUUCUUUCUUAUGCUUUGAAGAUUGUGGAAAUUCUUGGAGCGUACAGAUUGUCCCCAUCUGAACUCCGAAUGCUGUUUAGAUAUGUUUUGCAAAUGAGGAUUAUGAAUUCAGGUCAUGCAAUAGUUGGCAUGAUGGAAAAGCUAAUUCUCAUGGAAGACACAGCCUUGGAACAUCUAUCUCUGGCUCCUUUUGUAGAAAUGGAUAUGAGCAAAACUGGGCAUGCUUCUGUCCAGGUGUCACUGGGAGAAAGAUCUUGGCCUCCUGCCGCUGGUUAUUCAUUUGUUUGUUGGUUCCAGUUUCGUAAUUUUUUAACAACCCAAGGAAAAGAAUCAGAAGCCUCCAAAGUUGGCGGUUCAUCAAAGACGUAUCUUUCAAGUGCACAGCAACACGAACAAAACAUCUUCCGGAUGUUUUCUGUUGGUGCUGUAAGCAAUGAAAGUCCAUUCUAUGCAGAACUUUACUUUCAGGAGGAUGGUGUUCUGACCCUUGCCACUAGCAAUUCACAUUAUUUGUCGUUUUCUGGAUUGGAAAUUGAGGAGGGCAGGUGGCAUCACCUUGCUGUUGUUCAUAGUAAACCAAAUGCUCUUGCUGGACUCUUCCAGGCUAGUGUUGCAUAUGUCUAUCUUGAUGGAAAACUAAGGCACACGGGUAAAUUGGGGUACUCUCCUUCGCCUGUUGGAAAAUCUUUGCAAGUAACAGUUGGAACUCCAGCUACUUGUGCUAGAGUUAGUGAUCUGACAUGGAAAACACGCUCAUGUUAUCUUUUUGAGGAGGUGCUCACAUCAGGUUGCAUUGGUUUCAUGUACAUUCUUGGUAGAGGGUACAAAGGUCUUUACCAGGAUGCAGACCUCUUACGCUUUGUGCCUAAUCAGGCUUGUGGUGGGGGCAGCAUGGCUAUCCUGGACUCAUUAGACACUGACAUGACCUCAUCAUCGAAUGGACAAAAGUUUGAUGGAAGCAAUAGACAAGGAGACUCUAAGGCAGAUGGCAGUGGAAUUGUCUGGGAUCUUGAGAGAUUAGGAAAUCUUGCCUUUCAGUUACCUGGCAAAAAACUGAUUUUUGCAUUUGAUGGAACAUGCUCGGAGUUCAUCCGUGCGUCUGGAAAUUUUUCUCUCCUCAAUCUGGUUGACCCAUUGUCGGCAGCUGCUUCUCCAAUUGGAGGAAUACCACGUUUUGGGCGUCUGAUGGGAAAUGUAUCUAUCUGCAGACAAAGUGUGAUCGGUGAUACUAUCCGCCCUGUGGGAGGAAUGACUGUUGUUCUAGCGCUUGUUGAGGCUGCCGAAUCUAGAGAUAUGCUACAUAUGGCUCUUUCAAUGCUUUCCUGUGCGCUUCAUCAAAACCCUCAGAAUGUGAAAGAUAUGCAAAUCAUCAGGGGAUAUCAUUUACUAGCUCUGUUUUUGCGUCCCAAAAUGACUCUGUUUGAUAUGCAGUCUUUGGAGAUCUUUUUUCAAAUUGCUGCAUGCGAAGCUUUGUUUUCAGAGCCAAAAAAGUUGGAGGCUGGACAGAGUAAUAUUAGUAUGCCACCUACAGAGACUAUAUUCGAGAACAGCUACGAGGAUCUUGGUCUUUCGAGAUUCCGGUACGAUAGUUCCUCAGUUGGGUCUCAUGGGGAUAUGGAUGACUUUUCUGUUCCCAAGGAUUCAUUUAGCCAUCUCUCUGAGCUAGAAACAGAUAUGCCUGUUGAAACUUCAAACUGCAUUGUCUUAUCCAACGCCGAUAUGGUUGAACAUGUCCUCCUGGACUGGACCCUUUGGGUAACAUCCCCUGUUUCCAUCCAGAUUGCUUUACUUGGUUUCCUGGAAAAUUUGGUUUCAAUGCAUUGGUACAGGAAUCACAAUCUUACGAUUCUGCGCAGAAUCAAUCUGGUAGAACAUUUGUUAGUGACACUUCAGAGAGGUGAUGUGGAAGUUCCGGUCCUAGAGAAGUUAGUUGUUCUGCUUGGAUGCAUCUUAGAAGAUGGAUUCCUGACUUCUGAACUUGAAGAUGUUGUUAGGUUUGUGAUUAUGACAUUUAAUCCCCCUGAAGUGAAAUAUGAGAGCUGGGAUGAUCCCGAGGUUCCAAAAUUUCAUUAUGGUUCUCACUAUUCAAGUGCGGGAAUUGUUCUGUUUUACCUUAUUCGCCUCCCGCCAUUCAGUGCUGAAAAUCAGAAGCUGCAGGGCGGUCAGUUUGAUCAUGCUGAUAGACUCUUUAAUAGUAUUAAAGAUACUUGGCUAAGUGCAGCAGGAAAGGGAAAUACUUCAGACGUUAAAGAACUAAUUCCUGAAUUCUUCUACAUGCCUGAGUUUUUGGAAAAUAGAUUCAGCCUUGAUUUGGGUGAAAAACAAUCAGGAGAGAAGGUUUGUGUCAGUUCAAGAUAUGAGAGCUGGGAUGAUCCCGAGGUUCCAAAAUUUCAUUAUGGUUCUCACUAUUCAAGUGCGGGAAUUGUUCUGUUUUACCUUAUUCGCCUCCCGCCAUUCAGUGCUGAAAAUCAGAAGCUGCAGGGCGGUCAGUUUGAUCAUGCUGAUAGACUCUUUAAUAGUAUUAAAGAUACUUGGCUAAGUGCAGCAGGAAAGGGAAAUACUUCAGACGUUAAAGAACUAAUUCCUGAAUUCUUCUACAUGCCUGAGUUUUUGGAAAAUAGAUUCAGCCUUGAUUUGGGUGAAAAACAAUCAGGAGAGAAGGUUGGUGAUGUCUUUUUACCUCCAUGGGCUAGAGGUAGUGUACGUGAGUUUAUCCUCAAACACAGAGAAGCGUUGGAGUCAGAUUAUGUCUCAGAGAAUUUGCAUCAUUGGAUAGAUCUCAUCUUUGGGUACAAACAGAGAGGAAAGGCUGCAGAAGAUGCUGUGAAUGUUUUCUAUCAUUACACAUACGAGGGAAAUGUUGAUAUUGAUGCAGUUACCGACCCUGCAAUGAAAGCUUCCAUACUAGCGCAGAUUAAUCAUUUUGGGCAAACUCCGAAGCAACUAUUCCCGAAAGCUCAUGUCAAAAGAAGGACAGACAGGAAAAUUCCUCUUCACCCUCUGAAACACUCGAUGCAUCUAGUUCCUCACGAAACACGUAAAUGCUCAUCUUCUAUAAGCCAGAUAAUUACUUUCCACGACAAGGUUCUCGUUGCCGGAGCCAACUGUUUCUUGAAACCUAGGGGAUAUACAAAAUACAUAACAUGGGGCUUCCCAGACAGGAGUUUGAGAUUUAUGAGCUAUGAUCAGGACAAACUGCUAUCAACCCAUGAAAAUCUCCAUGAAAGCAACCAGAUCCAGUGUGCUGGUGUUAGUCACGAUGGGCGCAUUGUGGUCACUGGAGCAGAGGAUGGUUUAGUGUGCGUGUGGAGAGUAAGCAAGGAUGGUCCCCGUGGUUCCCGGCGUUUACGAUUAGAGAAAGCCCUAUGUGCCCACACAGCUAAAGUUACAUGUCUACGUGUAAGCCAACCGUACAUGAUGAUUGCAAGCGGGUCAGAUGACUGUACAGUCAUCAUAUGGGAUCUCAGUUCAUUGAGUUUUGUGAGGCAGCUUCCUGACUUCCCAGUUCCCAUUUCAGCAAUCUACAUAAACGACCUUACUGGGGAAAUUGCAACCGCGGCUGGAACUGUCCUUGCGGUUUGGAGCAUCAACGGUGAUUGCCUUGCUGUGGCUAACACCUCACAGUUACCAUCUGAUUCGGUAUUAUCAGUAACAGGCUCAACAUCUUCCGACUGGCUUGAAACAAGCUGGUAUGUAACUGGUCAUCAGAGUGGAGCAGUUAAAGUAUGGCGGAUGAUACAUUGUACUGAUCCGGUGAGUGCCGAGAGCAAAACAAGUAGUAGCAACAGAACAGGAGGUCUGAAUUUGGGUGAUCAAGUGCCAGAGUACAAGUUGAUUCUACACAAGGUGUUGAAAUUCCAUAAGCAACCGGUCACCGCUCUCUAUCUCACGAGCGACCUAAAGCAGUUACUAAGCGGUGAUUCAGCAGGACAGUUGCUUUCAUGGACAUUACCAGAUGAGACAUUAAGAGCUUCAUUGAAACAGGCUUCAUUGAAACAAGCUUCAUUGAAACAGGCUUCAUUGAAACAAGCUUCAUUGAAACAGGCUUCAUAGUUUUAGAAUCUAAAGCAGAGACCAGUCAUUCCCCUUUUGGUUUUUUUGGCUAGAACCGAAAGAGCUGGCCAGAGAACUUAAACCACAUAGGAGAAAGCAAGACCAAAGUCUGAACAAAGGGUUGGCUCUGGUGGUGCGUCACUUAUACAUCACUGGCUUGCAGGUUAGGAGAAAGAGAGCAUAGCGAGCCACUCUCAACUCUGUUUUGCUGGUGAGUUUUCAAGUUUGAGAAGGAGAAGGAGAGAAGGUUUUGUUUGAGAAUUUGUGUAAAUAGAUGGGAAGAUUACAAGCUUUACAGGGGAGUGUGUGUACUGUGUACAGUAUGGUAUUUUUUUGCGGCCGUUUUUUUGUUUCUUUUUGAAAACUCAUUGAAAAUAGCAGAAGCUGGGCAUAUUAGUAUUUACAGCCCCAUCUGUAUCUGUAUCUGUAUCUGUAUCUGUAUCUGUAAUUUCUCAGAUUCAAUCCUUGCAUUGUUUUAAUAUUUUGUAACCUUUUGUAUUCUUCAUGUUUUGCAUCAAUGUCAAUGGAAAGUUUUUCUUUUUU